AUGUCGAAGGCUGUUAGUGUAAAGCUAUGUGAUUUUGGUUUGGCCGCUCGGCACACUCAUGGUGUUGCACGAUCGGGAGAGGUCGGCACAGCAAACUACAUGGCGCCAGAGGUUUUUCCUGAGUCGUACGGCGCUGAGUGCGAUGUGUGGAGCGCUGGUGUCGUGCUCUUCAUGAACCUCUGCGGCACUUUCCCCUUCUAUGGCAACAGCACAGCGAGCAAAAGCAGCAGUUGUCUUCGCCAGCCAAGCAUCUCUUUGAAGCUCUACGGCAUGGGCUACUCGCCCUUCGUCCGCCGCGUCUUGCUCACGCUGCACGAACUCGGCAUUGAGGACUACGAGUGGGAGCAGGUGAACGCCCCCAAGGGCGAGGCGCGCACGCCCGCGUACCUCGCGAAGCAGCCCUUUGGGAAGGUGCCUCUGCUCGAAGACGACGGCGAGUGCAUCUGGGAGUCUCGAGCCAUCAUGCGCUAUCUCGCCGACAAGUACGGCGCGGAACGCGGAGUCAACCUGCUGGGGAAGGACGCGUUGGAGCGAGGCCGCGUGAACCAGUGGAUCGAGACGGAGGUCAACGCGUACACGCCCGAGGCGAUCGCGAUCGCGUCCGAGCGAGUCUUUAAGAAGUUUCGUAACCUCGGCGAGCCUGACGAAGAGAGGGUCGCCGCGGCGACGAAAAAGCUGGAGAAGAUCCUCGAUGUUUACGAGAAGCACCUGGAAGGGCGGGAGUAUCUGGUGGGCGACUCGAUCACUCUCGCAGACCUGACACAUCUGCUGGUUACAGAGCAUCUCAAGAUGGCGGGAGUGGGAGAUUUGUUUGAAUCCCGCCCAAAUGUCAAGGCCUGGCUCAGCCGCCUGUACACCCGCCCUGCUUGGAAGAAGGUGAAUGAGGUCGCGCCGCUUCCCACAAUUUGA